CAUAAACUGUAUUCUUAUAAUCCACGAUGAUGUGAUAUACGAUGUUGUCAUGCCAAUGUCAUCCCUCCCACUCACCACACUUUCAUCCUUUGGCAGCUCGACCACAGCGUCAUUUCACAUCUGGACCUGCGGUGAUGUCUUUGAAGGUGGCCAUGCUGCUUCUGGCCGUCCUGGCUGUCCUUAGCGUCGUAGAAGCAGCGACAUCUCUUCCUGAAACAUGCAGCGGCGGUGGUGCAUUCAGUCUCUACCGUCGCCAAUCGGGGUGCGCGGUGGGCAACUGCGAGUGCUUCCCCAUUCUGUUUGAGUGCAGUCCCUUGGCGCGCGAUGGCUUGGGUGAAUGCUCACUCUCUCACACUGGCUGGAUCGUGCUCAUUGUUGCGAUCGCGCUCAACCUGGUCGUGCCCGUCGUGGCCUUCCUCAUCCAUUUGGUGCACAAGAAGAGCGCCAAGGAAGUCACGGGGCGCGAAGACCACGUCCAGACGGACCUGGAAGCAACCAGCGGCCAGCGCAAGUACAUGAUCAACUUGGCGCAGUUCCGGACGAUUGUCCCCGACACUGUCUUUGGCUUGGACCAAGCCCCCAAGAUCUUUAUGGAAACCAUGAACAAGGGGUGGGUACAGUCUCUCUGCUAUGGCUUAGUGCUGGCGUUCAUUCUCGCCAUGGCGCUGCUCAUCCCGCCGUUCAAAAUGGACGAGUCGCUGUACCCGCUCACGCGCGACACGACCGUCCAGCUCAACCGGUCGGCGUACCGCAUCGCAUCGCACUCAGACACGUCCGUGCCCCCCGGCAUCCGGUACAUCUCGAUCCAAGGCGACUUUUGCGGCGACGCGUCGUCGGCGCUUCUCGACCCGAAUGGGAAGACCGCCCUCAACGUGUCGUACGAAGUGUCGUUCACAAUCGAUAGCAACUCAAUAUUUGACAACAUUCACGGCCACAAGGUCAUCGGGUGUGUGUGUGUGGCGGCCGCGUGCCGCAUCGACGACGAGCAGUCCGACGACGGGUACGCCCCCCUCGUGUACUUCCCAUGGUACCAGGACGCGCUGCAUCCGCUGGACCUGCAAGCACAGCCACACUCGUUCGCGCUCUCGGGGGUGUUCCAAGUCGAGUCCAAGUUCAACCGCGCCGCCACCGUCCACCCGAUCCCGCACCUGGCGUUCAUCGCGCAUCACUCGUACAUUGAGCGCAUCACGGGCUUGGUCGACCUCGGCGUGUUUGUCACGGACGUCGCGGCGCUGCUCGCGUGGAUCGGACUCACGCGCGCCGCCAACGUCCUCCCCGAACGCCGUCUCAUGUUCGUCAUGCUCGUAGUCAAUUUUCUCGGAUCGUUCCCGGUCCUGUUUGUCGCGCAAAAGCUCGACCCGACGGCGUCGUGGCAGGACACUUACUUCUUCAUGCACGCGUGGUCGGCGUGCGCCAGCGGAAUUUGGCUGCUAUGCCUUCUGUUUGCCCUGGACAUGCAGCGGAAGCGGGUGUUUGGGUGUCGCUUCUACCUCGUCAAGCUCACGCUUGGCGCGGUCGUGCUGACGUCGUACAUGUUUCUCUUCUACUCGGCCACGCUGCCCACCCAGUGGAUCCAACUCACCAACUUCUUCCUCGCUAUCCUCGUCGGCUCCAUCUUUCGCGGCGUCAUGGUGGACGUCCGCAACAAGCUCCGGUACGCGUCGUACGCCGACUCGCGCCCCCAGCAGCUCACCGCGCGCUUCCUCUACACGAUCGCGCUCGCCGUCUCGUACGUGUUCUUCUUCGUCGCGCUGUUUGCCGACCCCGUGCCCCGGGUUACCAACUACCUGCCCAAGACCGCGCUGCUCACGGACACGGCGAUCCAGGUGAUCACCCGCAGCGCCACAUGGGUACUUGUCAUCAUCUUUCUGCCGCCGUUGGCCGUGGACCCGAGCGUCUACUAUACCCGCGCAGCAUCGGCCCUGCCGCGCCUGACCCAUGCGUCGAAUCGCGAGUUUGAGCUGGCCCACCUCAAGCAAGCUACCCACAGCGGCGGCACCACCACCACCCCGACGUACCACCUGUCGACGCUGUCGUGGCAGGCACCACAAGCGUUUUGCGUCGAAACUGCCUGCGCCAUGUACAACCAAGCGAUCGGCGUGUACGACGAGCCCGUGCUUAACAAGGCCACGGGGCGCUACGACAUGGCAUCGCUGGAGCAUUUUCACCAGGAUGGACUCGAGUUUGUGGCAGAAUUGUUUGACAAGGCCACCGACACGUACGGAUGGGUGAGUCGCGGCGACAAGCGCGUCGUCGUGACGUUCCGGGGCACGCAAAGCGCGGCCAACACUGUCACAGAUCUCAAGUACUUCUUCGCCGUGCCUACAUGGGAAUGCCACGACAAGCCAGACCUGGAUAAGACCCGCGUGCACGUGGGGUUUUGGACGGCGUACAUUACGGUGCAGCACCAGCUCAAGUCCAUUCUCCGCGAUACGCUCCAGGACAUGGGCGACGUCCAGAUCUACUUUACCGGUAUGUGUGUGUGUGUGUGUGUGGCCACGUCAUAAUAUGUACACGUUGACGCAUGGAUGAUGAUUCCGUGGGGUAGGACACAGUUUGGGCGGGGCACUGGCUACGCUGGCCGCGUUCGAUAUAGCCACGGACGCGACGUUCGUGUUGAAAGAGGAAGUGGUGCUCUAUUCGUUUGGCGCCCCCCGCGUCGGCAACCACGUGUUUGCCAGGGCCUUCAAGGAGUACGUGCCGAAUGCGUACCGCGUGUGCAACGACGGCGACGCGAUCGUGGGCGCGCCCAAGCGGUCGGUGCAGCUGGCGUACUUUGUCAAGAGCUUGUGCUACAAGCACGUGGGCAAGGCCGUGCUGCUGUCCACACGUGCGCAAGGGGUGUUUGUGAUCGAGCCCAAUAUUGUCGAAAUGGCGUUCAUGGCCGAGUUCCGAUACAACGCACUCGCCCACUUGGGUGGCGGGUACCAAACGAUGCUGGAAAAGGGCAUCAAGUACACGAUGCAGCCCAAGAACACUGCCACGGGCGAGAAGGCGCCGCUCUUAUAGUAACGUAGCGACCUGCGGAAGGGUGUGGGACGCCGAUGUAAUAAAUAAUGCAUGAGACGACAACAAUUUUGAUUUCAA